AUGAGUCUUCUCCUAUUGUUUCUUUUCAAUGUUUUCAUUAAUGUGCGUACGCAUGGAAACACGGAAAUUCGAAUACAAUCGGGAAUCUCAGUUUAUGUCAGAGUGCACUUUUGCACUUACUCCACGCGGUGUUCUUCACCUUUAUGGAAGAACAUAAUACCUUUUGAAGUAAUACCAGAGUUUCCUUUUGUAUUUGAAGAGUAUUUCACUAGGCCCACUCUGCCAAACGUCAUAUUUACCAUUAGCAUAUAUGAUAUUAAUGAUGAGGAGCCGCUGGGAUUGGAACAAAUUGUCGUACCCCUGACACGGCAUUUUUCAAAUUUUACAGUACAUACAAAAAACGAUUCAUUUCUACAUUUUGCUGUGAGAAAUGUCUGUGAUGAAAAUUGGAGAACACAUUCGUGUUCUAUAUUUUGCAAAGACAGAUCGGAUUCCAAAUUUAAAUGUGACGAUGAUGAUGGAUACAAGUGUGCGCCUGGGUAUAGUGGGCCGAAUUGCGAUAAAGUAGAUUGUCCGUUCAACUGUCAUAAUCAUGGGAGCUGUGAAGUUCCUGGAAAAUGUAUGUGUUCUCAAGGUUUUUUCGGAACGUACUGUGAAUAUUGCAAGCCUUCAACUACUUGUAAACAUGGUGCAGUGUUAGUAAAUGAACUUGGGUGCCAUCCUUACACUUGUCGCUGUUUUGAAGGAUACGCUGGAGAUAAUGGCGACAAAGAUGACGUUUGCUAUUAUGCAAAACCAUGCCGACAUGGAAAUUGCGUAUCCAAUGUUACAGUUUCUGGAGGAUUUGAGUGUAUAUGCCCCAAAGCUUUUGGUGGCCGACGAUGUGAAAAAAGAAUAGCACGAUGGGAUUGCAGUGAUGAAGGUUAUUGUCAAAACAAAGGAGUAUGCUCAUUCGUUGAUGGUAUUAGCAGAUGUAGAUGUGCAGUUGGUUUUACAGGAAAGCAUUGUGAAAGGAAAACUGCAAAAACGUGUUUGAAAAAGAAAUGUCGGGAGGGAUUUAUAUGUAUAAUAGACAACAAAAAAACAGGAACAAUGCCUUGCUUCAAUUACUCCAAAACCUCGUCUCCGUCGGGAUCUCAUGCCCGAAGAACUUUCUCAACUUCGUGA